AAGACAAAUAUGGAGGCAAGUUACGACGAAAAUUUAUCCGAAAAUAUUUUUUUACGUACACUUGAAACAAAUUAUCCAGAAAUAUUCAAGAAAACAGUUGAUAAUAAUUGGAUAAUAUGUGUUCCACGUACUGGCAGCUUUCAAAAUAAUUACACUAUAAAUGAGAAUGAUGUGUCAGGACAUGUGUUGAUACCUCAGAGUCAUCAAGAUGAUUCUGAGCAUACUCAUCAACUUCAACAUCAUCAUCAAACUUUUCAAACACUUGCUGGUAAUAAAAUAUUAUUAAAAAACCGACAUCUAAAUUUUCAAGAUCAUGAAUUUAAUAAUAAAGCCUCGAGAUUACUUUUUGAGGAGACAUUCUACACGAAUAAUUUAUUAAAGUACACUGUUUGGUGCAUUGAACGACCGCUGACACCUGGAUCACUUAAUUCAGACAAUGAUGUUGUAAUUUUAUCAAACGUCGGUGACUGCAUGAAUUUUUUGUGGACAGAGGUUGAUGAUAAAAAUGUAUUUCGUGAUUUGGAUACUUAUAUCGAGACAUUUGAAAAUUCUCAUAAAAAUAGUAUCGAUAAAAAUAGUAUAAAUAUACUGAGACAGUUGAUUGAAAAAUUAUAUCACGAGUGUUUGGAUAAAAUAAUAAGUAUAACAAAAUUACAAGAAAAAAUAACAGCAAGUCCACACUAUUAUCGUACAAUAAAAUUAGCCGUGGAAAGUUACGUUUUAUAUGGUUUACGUAAUCUUUUACCAGGUGCUGUGUCAACAAAUACGUCUCAAGAUGACGCUAAAUUGAAUAAAAUAAUAAAAAAUCUUUACGAAUUAGAAUUGAAGGAUCUAACUGAAAUUAGUCACGAUAUACAAGCAGGAAUAGCACGUGGUAAAAUAGAAUUAUCACGGUUGGAUACAUUUGUCACGGUACUUGGUAAAGUUGGAUGUUUAAAACACGCUGUUCAUUUAAUAUCAGAAAAUAUUGAUACAAUAAGCUGUGAUAAUUUAUUACCAAUACUUAUUUACAUAGUUGUACGUACUGGUUUACCAAAUUGGAUUGCACAGUUAGAAUUUAUGAAGCAAUUUAGAUUUUCAGCUGACGCAAUAAAUGAAACUGAUGAAGUUGGAUUUUUAAUAACUUCUUUGGAAGCUGCUGUGGAACAUGUAAAGUCUGGUGAGCUAUCUGAACAAAAUUUACAAUUGUCUCUAGUCAAAUCUUUAAACGACGCAUCACUGCAAGACAAGACAACGGUGAAUAAAUUUUUUUCAGCCGUCCAAAAGUGUAAUUUAGAAGAAAUCGAGAGAAUUUUAAAUCAAAAAAAUCAAAAACCAAUAUUAGAAUCAAAACUCUGCCAUCCACUGUGUCGCUGUGAAAAUUGCGAGAGCAGUUUCACUGAAAUUCAAUUGGCACAAUCUAGUUGGCCGAGCGUGAACUCCAAGGACAAUAGAAAUAGAACAGCACUUCAUGUUGCGAGUUCGUGCGGGCAUGUUGCGGUUGUUGAUUUUUUGCUAAUACACCAUGCUGAUCCCAAUGCCAAGGAUGUCGACGGUUUAACUCCACUUCACUGUGCUGCUCUACGAGGCCAUCAAAAUACUGUUUUGCUCCUACUGCAUGCUAAUGCAGAUCCAAGAUUACUUGACAAUAGAGGAAACAGCCCACUUCAUUUUGCAACAGACAGUGGUCACGAGAAUUGUGUCAAAGCGCUGCUUUAUUUUUCAGGGCAAAUGGGAAUAUCAAUAAAUACCAGCUGUGCUAACGUUGUAGGAGAUACUCCACUACACCAUGCUUCCAAAUGGGGUUUUAUGACCAUUGUUGAAAUUUUACUAGAGCAUGGUGCGAAUAAACGCGCUGCCAAUCGACGUGGUCAAACGCCCAUGACUGUAGCGCACAGUAGUCACAUUCUACAUCGUCUAGAAGAGCAUCCAGAAACUUUAGAAACUGUUCAUCGUGUGAUGAAUCGCCAGCGUCACCAACAUUCUCUGGAAUUAAAAUCAAAAAUGAUAAACAAUAAUAAAAAAAGCUGUGACGAGUCACCAGAGAAAAUUCAUCAGGUUGAUAAAUUACUGGCAGCCAUCUGUCGCAGUGAUAUUAGAUUAGCUUGUUAUUAUCUAGGACUCGAAGGUCCACCUGUAAAAGCAACUGAUAAUACUCCACGUCUCUGUCAUCCUCUAUGUGUUUGUGAAAAUUGCGAACCCACCGAAGAAAUAUCUGAUCAAUCUAAUCGGACAGUAGCAUUGGGAUUGAAUGUCACCAAUCCUAGAGGAGAGACAGCUCUUCAUUAUGCCUGUGCGAUUGGCCUAACUGAAUUAAUCCAGAUUUUACUGGAUGCAGGGGCUAAUGUUAAUGCUCGAACGACAAAUAAAAAUCGUACUCCUCUUCAUGUUGCUUGUCUUAAAAGCAAAAUUCAAGCUGUUAAAUUGCUAUUGAACUGUUGUACAAUUGAUGUAGAUGUUAAAGAUUAUACUGGUGACACGCCGUUACAUUUAUCUGCUAAAAACGGUGACUCACAUAUUAUUGAACUAUUACUACGACAUGGUGCCGAUAUUCACAGUCGAAACUUCAAAGGUGCGAGCGCACUUGAUGAAGUACAAGAUGUUUUUUGUAUGAAGAUCCUGGCGGCACACAGUGAAAAUAAAACUAAUAAUCCUGUUGAUAUUUUAUAA